AUCAAAACAUCGAUUCUUCACUUUGUUUGUUCCUUCAAUUCCACGCGAGUUUACUCAGGGAACAGACGGUCUUCAGUCUCUCAUCUGUCCUCGGAAAGCCGCCAGGAUUUGAAUCCUCCCUGUCUCGGCUAAAUAUCCGUUUUUCGAAAAUUUUCACCAGAACCUACGGCUUUUUUCGUUUCUACGCAAAAUAUCUCGACAACACUCCUCCUCACUGCAACCACAACCAUCACCCCCAGCCACCACCACAACCACCACCAACAAAAAAAAAAAAAAAAAAAAAUGACAGAACCCUCCGCCCCCUACUUCCACCUCCUCGACACCCCCCUCCCCUCUCCCUCCCUCUUGAAUCUCUUAUCCAACCACCUCCCUUACUCCCUCCCCGUUCUCCGCCGUCUUCAAUACGCCGCCAAUUUUUCAGACAACAACAACAACAACAACAACGGACUGGGCACGACUCCCUACAGCCAUGUUUUAUUUGCUUCUAGGCACUCCCUCGAGGAUCUUGUCCAGUCUUUUGAAUCUGAAUCUGAAUCUGAAGCUGUAGCUGUAGCUGAAGCGGAUGAUCAACAAGCUGAAGAUGAAGAUGAAGUGGAUGGAAAAAGUGGGCAAGCGGCAGCAGCGGAUGGAAAAGGAAAAAGAAAAAGAAAAAGGAGGCGGCAGCAUUUUGCUGCGGCGUUUGUGGACUUGAGUCGGUUUCCGGAGACGCAGGCGUGGGUUUAUUCUACGAUGGAGGAUCAUUGUUUUUUUGAUCCGGGGACGGGUACGACCAUGGAUGGGUCGACAACAUGGGGAGUGUUUGGCUCCCAGUCACAAUCCCAUUCGUUACCGGAGGAAGAAGCUCAAGAGUGCGAUGAGCUCAUGUUAGCCCUCUUGAGAAGGAUGCGCACCAUUGCUUUGCAGAUGCCUUUGGUUCUAGAGAAGGCAAGUGAGCAGAGACAAAAGAACUGGACUGAGGCGAGGGCGUAUCUUUGUAUGGACGCUGCCGCGGGAGGUCCGGGUCCCAAGGUGAUGAUUGGUAGUUUGGCGGAGAUCCAUCGCCAUCGAUUGUUUUUGGAUCAGGGACGGGUCCACAUGCACAAGACGGCGAAUAUCCCUGAGGAGAUUGAGUGGGAGGUGUGUCAGAAGUGGUUGUUUCGGACGGAAGCGUUGGUGUCGUCGUCGCCGUCGUCGGAGAAGGAGAGGGAGGGGGAGUUGGAAACAACGAUGGAAAAAGAGGGGCUGGUGUGGGAUCGGGUUAGGACGAAGGAGGAUGUAAGGUUGGUGCAGAGCCGGACGAGUAUUAAAAGGCAGGAGGAUACGCUUUUGGGACUUCCUAGUGUGGCGGUACGGGAUGGAGAGGGGAGGAUGGUGGCGUGGGGGUUCAUGGCGUUUGAUGGGACGUUGAUGACGUUGCAUGUUGAGGAGCAAUACCGCGGAAAGGGACUGGCGAAGGCGGUGGCUUGUAAAGUCAUGAGGGAUCAUGUCAAGGAUUAUGGCGAUGAUGGGUGGGGAGCUGCGGAUGUUUUCCUAGAGAAUUAUAGGAGUCAGGGGGUUUGUAGGAGUAUUGGUGGGCGGGUUGGGUGGUUGUUGUCUUGGGCCGUGGUGGAUCUGGCUACAGCUGGGGAUGCGUUGUAAGCGUUGAGCAGGUUACUUUGAAAAUUUGAUUGAGGGGAUAUAUGUCUAUCUAAAUUUCAU